CUGUAACUACAACAAAUCAUCUCUCUUUCUCUAUCUCUAUCUCUAUCUCUCUCUCCGAUGCUCAACUUUGUUGAAGUGUUUCCUUAUAAUUUCUCGUCAUCAACUUCACUGACUGCAGCUUCUUCCAAUCUGUCACUGAAUUUGAUGAAGGAUAACUCUAAAACCACUUACAGUGAUUAUAACAACAGCCACAACCAAUUAGAGGAUGAUACGGAGCUUGACUUGAUUGGAAAAAACCCUAAAUGCAGUUCUCACGAAGUGGUGGUAGAUCAUGUUCCUCCGACGACUAGCAGUGGCAUUGGUAACAGUGAAGGUAACGACUUUAAUUCAGUUUCCGGAUCAAAGCUGAUUAAUACUAUUAAGAAAGGUGAGAAGAAGAUCAAAAAAGCUAAGUGUGCAUUUCAGACCAGAAGCCAAGUCGAUAUUAUUGAUGACGGUUAUAGAUGGAGGAAAUACGGUCAAAAGGCCGUCAAAAACAGCAAAUUCCCCAGAAGCUAUUACCGUUGUACCUACCAAGAAUGCAACGUGAAAAAACAGGUCCAAAGGCUAUCAAAAGACGAAGGAGUUGUUGUGACCACUUACGAAGGAACCCAUUCACAUCCGAUCGAGAAAUCUACUGAUAAUUUUGAGCAUAUUUUGACUCAAAUGCAAAUCUACUCUUCUUGCUAACUGGGAUAUGAAUAUAGAUAAAUCCCAAAAUUUAGCUCGUUUUUUAUGAUUAGUUUCAGAAUUGCUUCAAUUGUGUAAUACUUUGUGUUUAAGUUGCGUAACAUGUGCAUUUUAUAUCUUUAUUUGAUAAGUUAAAUCAAUUUAUUAAAUUAAAUAGCAUUAUUCCCUUA